CAACUUGCCAAGAGGUCACACGUUCUAUCGGCAGUUGCUUCUGAACUUCCAACGCGGCAGUGUCGUUCCUCAGUCCCAAUUCAUUCUUCGGGAUUCUCAAUUUGCCAAAAUGAGUCAAGAUCGACACCGUCUUGUGGAAAUUCCCUGUGAUAAUUGGAUAGAACUAAAGGAAAUGUAUAAUAGGGAUUGGCCAAAGCACAUUGUGAAUUACUACACAAUUGAUACCUACAUCAGAUGGAAGGAACAAUGUGAUACUAUUCCCAAUCUUCACUUCUACAGUCUCAAUGGGCAGUGGAGAAGAGAUGGAACAGUGCUUAUUGUGGAUCGGUACCAGUUGUUUGUCUGCAGUCUUGACGAGUCCAAUUCACAGCUGAAGAAAGCCCUUGAGUUACUGGACUGGCGUGCUGGCUUCAAGAUCAGUUCCUUUGUGUCUAAACAUCGUCCGGCGAUUCUCCACUUGGUGGAAUCUAGAAAAUUAGAAAAGGAAUAUGACAGUCAGACUGUUCUCUAUUACCUGCCGCGUCAUUUAGGACAGGCCGUGUUAGUGGAUUGUCCAAAUGAUAUUGAACUUCGUCCUAUGACAAAAGAAGAUGCUACCAUCGCUGACCGAGUCUGGCCUAAUCGACACCAUGGUUCAUUAUUUUUCCUGGAACGCCUUAUUGCCUGGAAUCCAAAUGUAGGAGCCUACACCAAAGAAGGUAGACUCGUAGCAUGGUGCUUUCUUCUCCAAGCCGGUGCACUGGGAGCUCUUCAGGUAGACGAGGAGUACCAACGCCGUGGUCUUGGGAGUCUAGUUACAAAAGCCAUGAUAAGGAAACUUUGCGAUAUGGGAAGGGAUACUUUUGCCUUCGUGAAUGUCGACAAUACUCCAUCGAGAGGAAUGCUAGAAAAGCUGGGAUUUAUCGAAAUAGAUUCCGUCUACUGGCUGCGAACUCUUCCCACCGAUCCAACAAUUCCACCAUGGACAGAUUAAAAAUCACUCCAGUAUUAAUGAAUAUAAAGCAGACCAACUGGACGCUUUGAUCAAAAAGUGUAUCGGGGAUCUGCUCAUUUAUCAAUUUUGUUAGGAAAAUAGAUCAUUAUAUUAAUAUAAUUUUUUACUUGAAACUUUUAUUAGUUAUCAGGAUCCUAAGUCAAAUCUCGAACGGUUUUCCUUGAAAAUCGAGACUUAAUUCAAACACAAUUUCAAUCCAUAUUUUUUCGUCAAGGAGGAAAGGUCAUGUAACAGUUUAAAAAUAAUUUAAUAAAAGGAUAUUGUUACUUUAUUAAAAAAAUCUAUGGAUUCAAUUUUUUUUUACACAAAUUGUCGAUUCUAUUUUAAGUUAUCUAGUAACGAAUAUACUGUUUAAAAUGCUGUAACUGCCUUUUAUUUUACUGUUAAUAAAUGUAACAAA